AUGCUUCGCAAUCGGCUGACGAUCUUGUGUAUUCUCGCGGCGACGGUGUCGGCGAUUCCCGUCGACAACAACGUCGAAGGCGAGCCGGAGGUCGAAUGCGGACCAACGUCGAUCACAGUCAACUUCAACACUCGCAAUCCGUUCGAGGGUCACGUCUACGUGAAAGGUCUGUUCGAUCAGCAGGAGUGCCGCAACGACGAGGGCGGCCGUCAGGUGGCCGGCAUCGAGUUGCCGUUCGACACGUGCAACGUGGCGCGCACACGAUCGCUGAACCCGAAGGGCGUGUUCGUCACCACCACCGUCGUCGUCUCGUUCCAUCCGCAGUUCGUCACCAAGGUUGAUCGCGCCUAUCGCGUUCAAUGCUUCUACAUGGAAGCUGACAAGACGGUCUCGACGCAAAUCGAAGUCUCCGAUCUGACCACCGCCUUCCAGACUCAGGUGGUCCCAAUGCCGAUAUGCAAGUACGAGAUUCUCAACGGCGGUCCAACCGGCGAGCCGGUCCAAUUCGCCACCAUCGGCCAACAGGUCUACCAUAAAUGGACGUGCGAUUCGGAGACGGUCGACACGUUCUGCGCCGUCGUCCACUCGUGCACCGUCGACGACGGCAACGGCGACACGGUGCAGAUACUCGACGAGAACGGCUGCGCGCUCGACAAAUUCCUGCUCAACAAUCUCGAGUAUCCGACGGACUUGAUGGCCGGCCAAGAGGCGCACGUCUACAAGUACGCCGAUCGCUCGCAGCUCUUCUACCAGUGCCAAAUCUCGAUCACCGUCAAAGAGCCGAACGAGGAGUGCGCGCGGCCGACGUGCGCCGAGCCGCAGGGAUUCGGCGCGCCGAAACAGAAUCACACCGCCGCGCAAUUCUUCCGUGUGCUCCGGAAGCGCUCCGUCGGCCAACUCGAGAAUGUGCUCGACGUGCGCGCCGAGCUCACCGCGUUGGAUGUUCGCGACGAGGAGUUGCCGGCGAUGCUUCGCGCCGCCGCCCCGCAGGCGCUCGUCUCGAAUCAGCGCUUCGACGAGCUCAUCUGCGUCACCCCCUACAUCUCGUCGCUUCUCGUCGCCGGCAUUUGUGUGCUCAUGAUCUUCGCCGUCAUCACCACCUUCUUCUGCAUUCGCAUCAAUCGACCCGUCGACAAAUCGAUGACCCCAUACAAGCACUAG